UUGACUGAAGAAAAAAAAAACCCACAUACUUUUCUAUUUGCCCUAAACUGAAACUACACGGUCACAUAUAAUCAAGUGAUUAGGUUUCGUUUUCCAAUAAAGUGGUGGAGCUUGUCACGCGAUAUUACAACACUUUGGGAACGUUACAUUACCGUUAUGUAGGCUACCGUCGUCAUCCAUCCGCGCAACAGCUCCUCACAAAAGCACCUGGAAUACGUAUAGUUUGGAUCAAAGGGUCUCUCAGAUUACGGCAAUAGAAAAUGACAGACUCUUCUGUGAUCAAAUGUAUCUGCAACAAUAAUGGGGCGGUGGAUUAUGGAGUUUUCGUCAAGUUUGGCCUGAGCCCAACGGAACAUUGUUCGGUUGUUACAGUUAAUGGAAACAAACGAGUUGUGGCUCAGACUAAAGUAAGACUUUGUAAAGCCAGAGACUGCACUGACUGCCGCAAUUUGCACCUGUGCAAAUUCUACCUUUAUGGAGACUGUAAGAGCAGCAUGUCGCGGCGAGGGUGCCGCUUUUGCCAUGACAUGAACUCGGAGCACAACGUUCGAGUCCUGCGAGAUAACAAUCUGCAAGAAUUGGACAGGAACCAACUCCGUACCCUGCUGCUUCAGAACGACAGCACCCUCUUACCACCGGUGUGCUUCUCGUACAACAAAGGCGAUGGGGCGUACGGAAACUGCCCAGACCAGGAGAGCUGCAGGCGGCUGCACAUCUGUGACCGCUACCUCAGAGGAGCCUGUCAGGCCGGGGCCAACUGCCGCAGGUCACAUGACUUCUUCGAGCCCCACCCACAGACAACCCUGCAGGAGAGAGGCGUGCCCAGCCAGCUGAUUGGCUCCAUGCUGUCCGUCUACCAGAACAUCCAGGCCUUGAAGAACAGUUACAACGGCGCAAACAGGAAUCAGCCAACACAUGCAGGCAACGUGAACAGCAGCAGAAGACAAGAAAAGACCGAGAUCUGUAUUUACUUUGUCAAGCAGGGCAGCUGCAGACAAGAAGACAGAUGCUGGAGAGAGCACUCCACCAUGCCAUAUAAAUGGGAGGUGAGAAAUGGAGACAGCUGGACGGCUCUCCCAGACAACGAAGAGAUCGAGAGAGACUUCUGUGACCCCAGCAAUGUGUACAGCCGAGGAGUCCAGCCCGUUUAUUUUGACACCAUGACCCGCGGGCCGGCCCAGGUCCGGCGUCUCUCCACGGUCUCCUCUUUGGUUCAGCCCACCUUCAUCCUCACCACCACCUGGGCCUGGUUCUGGCAGGAAGAGUACAACAAAUGGAUCCAGUACUCCUCAUCGGAAGGGCAGCACGGACUCUCCUCCAUCACGAGCGAGGACCUGGAGAGGCGGUACCAGGAGGACAGCCGUGCUGUGAUGGAGUUCACGGCGGGGCCGCACACCUACAAGCUCAGUUUCCCAGACAUGAUCCAGAUAAACGAACAAUUCGGCACCAAACGGCAGGUGAGGAGACGGCCUGUGUUUGUCUCCACAGCGGAUGCUCAGAGAGCCAGGACCAAAAACAACAGGCCAGGUAAUAACUUCAAAGCGGUGCCGGGAUACUGGGACAAAUCCAUGUUGCCGGACACUGGAUACAAGACGAUCCCUCUGCAGGAAUCCUCAGAAGAAUACCAGAAGAUCCUGGCUCUUUUCCAGAAGACGAUGGGGGGACAUAGCAUACACAAGGUCGAGAGGGUCCAGAACCGGGCAUUGUGGGAAGUCUUUCAGUGGCAGCAGGAUCUGAUGAGGAAAAACGACGCCGGGAGAAAAGUCGAUGAGAGACUGCUGUUCCACGGCACCGACUCUGUCCAUGUCGACGCCAUCUGCCAGCAGAACUUUGACUGGAGGCUCUGCGGAACGCACGGAACGGCCUACGGGAAAGGGAGUUACUUUGCUCGAGACGCGAGGUACUCGCACAGCUACACCAGUGCCUCGGGAGUGAGGACCAUGUUUGUGUGCCGGGUGUUGGUCGGCUGCUACACGAGAGGAGACUCCAGCUACCUCCGCCCCCCUUCCAAAGACGGCGGAAACUCCAUGUUCUACGACAGCUGCGUGGACAACACACACGACCCCUCCAUUUUCGUUGUUUUUGAAAAGCACCAGGUUUACCCCGAGUACAUCCUGAAGUACGGAGAAGAUAUAUGGCUUUCCUCUGCGGGAGCCAAGGGAACUGUGUCAUCUCUUGGCCUCAACUCAACUCGAUCAGCACACCGUGCCUCCACUGUACCUACCAUGACUCAAAAUCCCAAAGCUCAACGCCCAGUCUCAACCAGCUCUGUGACCCCAAAACCUGUACAAGCUCCGCCCCCAGUCUCUGCCAGCUCUCUGUACCAAAAACCUGUACAAGCUCCGCCCCCAGUCUCUGCCAGCUCUCUGUACCCAAAACCUGUACACGGUCCGCCCCCAGUCUCUGCCAGCUCUCUGUACCCAAAACCUGUACACGGUCCGCCCCCAGUCUCUGCCAGCUCUCUGUACUCAAAAUCUGGACAAGCUCCGCCCCCAGUCUCUGCCAGCUCUCUGUACCCAAAACCUGGACAAGCUCCACCCCCAGUCUCUGCCAGCUCUCUGUACCCAAAAUCUGUACAAGCUCCACCCCCAGUCUCUGCCAGCUCUCUGUACCCAAAAUCUGUCCAAGCUCCGCCCCCAGUCUCUGCCAGCUCUCUGUACCCAAAAUCUGUCCAAGCUCCACCCCCAGUCUCUGCCAGCUCUCUGUACCAAACACCUGUACAAGCUCCGCCCCCAGUCUCUGCCAGCUGUCUGUACCCAAAACCUGGACAAGCUCCGCCCCCAGUCUCUGCCAGCUCUCUGUACCCAAAAUCUGUACAAGCUCCACCCCCAGUCUCUGCCAGCUCUCUGUACCCAAAAUCUGUCCAAGCUCUGCCCCCAUUCUCUGCCAGUUCUCUGUACCCAAAAUCUGUACAAGCUCCACCCCCAGUCUCUGCCAGUUCUCUGUACCCAAAACUUGUACAAGUGCCACACCCAGUCUCUGUCAGCUCUCUGUACCCAAAACCUGUACCAGCCCCACGCCUAGUCUUUGCCAGCUCUGUGACCCCAAAACCUGUACAAGCUCCGCCCCCAGUCUCUGCCAGCUCUGUGACCCCAAAACCUGUACAAACUCCGCCCCCAGUCUCUGCCAGCUCCCUGUACCCAAAACCUGUACAAGCUCCGCCCCCAGUCUCUGCCAGCUCUGUGACCCCAAAACGUGUACAAGCUCCGCCCCCAGUCUCUGCUAGCUCUCUGUACCCAAAACCUGUACAGACUCCGCCCCCAGUCUCUGCCAGCUCUCUGUACCCAAAACCUGUACAAGCUCCGCCCCCAGUCUCUGCCAGCUCUGUGACCCCAAAACCCGUACAAGCUCCGCCCCCAGUCUAUGCCAGCUCUGUGACUCCAAAACCUCUAAAAGUUCCACCCCCAGUCAGGCCCCGCUCUGUGACAUUAAAACCAACACAAGCUCCGCCCCCUUUCACAACCUCUUCUCUGACCUCCAACCUCAUGCGAUCCUCCAUGAGAAUAAAAGCUUUGGUAGAAAUGUUUGACCCAUACCGUGGCCAGUCCUCAGAUAGCACAGGGACGACCAGCUCCCCUUCUGACUCCGACGGCACAUAUUCCCGGACCCCAACCAGCGCAUCUCCGCCCACAUCGUUCCCUGGAGACGGGUAUUCACCGAGCGCAGUAACAGGAACGUCUUCUCAGAGUGGUUCCACCAAAGACAGCAGCCUUGAUGCCUUCAACCGUAGCAGGCUCCACCCUAAGACCUGAAGUAAUUGCAAAGAUCUGUGGGAUCUCCUACCCCAGUGAUGAAUGGCUCUUUUAAUUUUCAUGUGAAUACUGCUACCCUUUUUCCAUGCAAAAGCCAGAAUAUACACGGGAUAUUUAACACGAGAUAGACCUGCGUUUUGACCCGUUCUCGAUGCUCCCGGGAAAGUCCCUUGCCCUUGAGCAAGGCCCUUAACCCCAUAUUGCUCCAGGGUCAGCCAAAUAACGUGCCAGGUACUGUUGUCCCGGACGUUGUUUACGAAAACAGAAUGACAUUGACCUUAAGACUAACCCCGAUGUUGCGUUUCGCAUUAUUUUUCUGUGACAACUCAACCAUGCAAAGAGAAAGAACUAACCAGCGAAAUGUUACAUUCUUACGUUUGCUUGCGGUUUUUAAAGAAAAGUCAAGUCAAAUCAAGAGAGUAUAUCUGUGUAAAUAUUUCCUAUAAAGCAAUAAUUAUACAGGCUAAUAGACGGUUGAUCAAUGUAAGGUAGAACUUCUCGGAAAGCUCCUGGAAGUGGAACAUUCGGUCCCAAAAAGGACUCUACCGAGCUGUGUUUACCAGGUUUGAUUUUCAAUUCAAUCCAAUCCAGCCGUUGAAUCCGUGACCAUCGAUAUCCAUUACAUUACAUUACAUUAAUGGCAUUUGGCAGACGCUCUUAUCCAGAGCAACGUACAACAAAGUGCAUACCCAUAACCAGGGAUAAGUGCGCUGAAAGACCCUAGAGGGAAGUACAAUUUCAACUGCUACCUGUACAACAAAGAUAAUUUUUUUACUUUUAUUUUUUUGAACAAAGAAACAAACAACAGAGCAAAAGUGACCAAAGUUCACUAUCCAAACACUGCUUACCUAGCUAACUAAAAAUACCGAUAUACAAAGCAAGUCACAGAGACAACAAUUAAGGUUCACAGGGAGGUAGGGAGGGAUGGGGAGAGGUGCUGCUUGAAGAGGUGUGUCUUCAGCUUGCGCUUGAAGGUGGGGAGAGAUUCUUCAGUUCUGACCUCAACGGGGAGUUUGUUCCACCACCGUGGAGCCAGAACAGACAGUAGUUGUGAGCGUGAGCUGGAGGUUCGGAGAGGGGGAGGUGCCGAGCGGCCUGUGGAGGCUGAACGAAGAGGUCUGGCAGGGGUGUAGGGUCUGAUAUCCCGACCAGUGGGCCGCCGGGAACAUCGCACUCUCGCGCUGUGGCAGACAACGAGUCUUAUUGUCAAAGCACUCUGAGCUGCUUCCAUUGCAUGAAAAGUGGUUUGUAAAAAAAGUUUAUAAUUAUUAUUAAUAUUUUGACAACAUCUUUUCUCCAAAAACGAGUAUUAGCCCCACACUCAGGGAAGAAAUACAUUUUGCACACCAAUCCCAAAUUGAGGCAGGCAAGUUCUACUGUUAUUUGUUAAUGAUUUUUUUAAUUUUUAUUUUAAUAGGCUCUGGCAUGGUGAAGUAAAACAUUCCAAAACAAAAUGCUAGCCAUUCAUACUAACGUCUUGGUAUGUGCUACACAGUAGCCUACAAACAUACAUCGUUUGUAGUAUGCUCAUAUUCUGUUUCGAACCGUUUUACAUUGUUUGUGUAGAGUAGCCUACUUCAUCAGUUUUAAUUUUCUGUUUGGCGAUGUAUUUUUUCUCACUGCAAGCUACGUGUUGUUUUGAUCCGAGAAAUCGCAAUAUUUAGGCUAUAUACGACUGUAAUUGUAUAAUAUAAUGCAAGUAAUUAAAAUAAAUUCCAUACUGUAAUGAUAUAA